AGGAGUUAUCUCUAAGCAUCUCUGUUUCAAAUUGCCAGGUCCAGGAGAAUGUGGAUAUCAGCUCUGUGUACCAAAUAUUUGCUGAUGAAGUGCUGGGUUCUGGUCAGUUUGGUAUUGUAUAUGGAGGAAAACACAGGAAGACUGGAAGAGAUGUGGCUAUCAAAGUCAUUGACAAGAUGAGGUUUCCAACUAAACAGGAAAGUCAGCUUCGUAAUGAAGUAGCCAUUCUCCAGAAUUUGCACCACCCUGGGAUUGUGAACCUGGAAUGUAUGUUUGAAACUCCGGAACGGGUCUUUGUUGUGAUGGAAAAGCUGCAUGGCGAUAUGCUAGAGAUGAUUCUUUCCAGUGAGAAAAGUCGACUUCCAGAACGAAUAACUAAGUUCAUGGUCACUCAGAUACUUGUUGCUUUGAGGAAUUUACACUUCAAGAAUAUUGUGCACUGUGAUUUAAAACCGGAAAAUGUAUUACUAGCAUCAGCAGAGCCAUUCCCUCAAGUGAAGCUGUGUGAUUUUGGCUUUGCACGUAUCAUUGGUGAAAAGUCUUUCAGGCGCUCUGUGGUGGGGACACCUGCUUAUCUUGCCCCUGAAGUGCUCAGGAGUAAAGGUUACAACCGCUCUCUAGACAUGUGGUCAGUAGGAGUUAUUGUCUAUGUGAGCCUUAGUGGUACAUUCCCAUUUAACGAAGAUGAGGAUAUAAAUGAUCAGAUUCAAAAUGCAGCAUUUAUGUACCCACCGAAUCCCUGGAAGGAAAUUUCUAGCGAAGCCAUUGAUUUAAUAAACAAUUUGCUUCAAGUGAAGAUGAGAAAACGUUUCAGUGUUGACAAGUCCCUUAGUCACCCAUGGUUACAGGAUUAUCAGACUUGGCUUGAUCUCAGAGAAUUUGAAACGCGCAUUGGAGAGCGUUACAUUACCCAUGAGAGUGAUGAUGCACGCUGGAAAGAACACGCUUAUGAACACAACCUUGAGUACCCCCAGCAUUUUAUUAUGGCUCCUAAUCCAGAUGACAUGGAAGAAGACCCUUGAUUUAUUCAUUAUGCCAAAUUGCGGCAGAGAAGGACACUCCAGACAGAAACUGAAGAUAAGUUUUGGAACAACUGUUGCUCUUUCUGAAUGCUGUACACAGCGUACAAAGCCCCA